AGUUAUCUUUCCAUAGGAGUGCCUUAUCCCCAGAGGCAAUACCUAGUCUUGUCUUGAUAGUCUCUACACAAGUGACAUUAGGAUAAUGUCGUAUAUCAUUCGUGAUGCCCCGGUAGGGCAAUUUAUCCGGCUUAUUACUGGGCAUCGUGUACUGCAAUAUCCCGAAGAGAAACCCGAUUUUGAGCUCCCAGAAACCUGGGCACAGAUAUUGAAGUCAGACUCCAGCGGCUCUACUUCAGAAGAUCGACUAGAUCCUCUAAGCUCGGGCUCUUCCGCUUCUACAUCAAUAAUUCACGGCCCUAAUGACGAAGAGAGUCAGACGGAAAAGGGAGAUGCGAUAGACUCCGCGCCGUACGACGCCAUCCUUACCAGGACCAGGAGCCGAACCGAGACUCUUCCAAGUACUGAAGCACGAUAUGAAAUUGAUCAUCUGCACAAGCUUGAAAAGACAAGAUCGAUACCUAUCGUCCCUAGAAAAACGAAAGAUGGGGCAAUUCUUGUCGACUGGUACUACACUGAUGAUCCGGAUAACCCUCAAAAUUGGUCGAACUUACGGCGGGCUAUGGUAGCUUUUAUAAUAUGCCUGUACACGUUCGUCGUGUACACAUCGAGUGCCAUAUACACCACCUCGUCCGAGGGCGUGAUGCAAGAAUUUGGUGUCAACGCAACCGAAGCCUCUCUAGGAUUGGCUCUAUUCGUCCUAGGAUACGGACUUGGCCCGUUAUUAUUCUCACCCCUGAGUGAAUUACCUAGCGUUGGUCGAAACCCAGUUUACAUUAUAACGAUGUUUCUAUUCGUCAUCGUAUCUAUUCCAACCGCACUGGUGACCAACUAUCCAGGGUUGAUGGUGCUCCGAUUCCUCCAAGGCUUCUUCGGCUCGCCGUGCCUAGCGAACGGCGCCGCUUCACUCGGUGACAUGUACAGCGAAAUGUCCCUGCCCUACGCGCUUAUUGCAUGGGUCAGUGCCGCGUACUGCGGACCUGCCCUCGGCCCCCUACUAUCUGGGUUUUCUGUCCCCAUCAUGGGCUGGCGCUGGUCGCUCCUUGAAAUCAUCUGGGCCGCGUCUCCCGUCUUCCUAGCUAUGUUCGCCUUUCUACCUGAAACAUCGACCCCGAACCUACUCCUUCGCCGGGCCCAACGCCUACGCAAGCUCACUGGUGACGAGCGGUUUAUGUCACAGUCGGAGAUGGACCAGCGCAAUCUGGACAAGCGAGCCGUAAUCGUCGACGCGCUCAUCAAACCCCUUGAGAUCACGCUCAAGGACCCGGCCAUAUUGUUCGUGCAAGCCUACACUGCGAUUAUCUACGGCAUCUACUACUCCUUCUUCGAGGUCUUUCCCCUCGUAUAUCCCGUCUACUACGGCAUGGAUUAUGGCCAAGUUGGUCUCGUCUUCCUAUGUAUUCUCGUCGCGUGUCUCAUCGGUGUCGCCGCAUACGCCUCAUACGUAUACUUCUACAUGAACCCGCGUAUUGCACGGCAGGGUUUUCCGAUUCACGAGAAUAGACUCAUCCCGGCCCUAGGCGUCGCCUUCGGACCCACGAUCGGACUCUUCAUCUUCGCGUGGACGGCUCGCCCCGACGUCCCGUGGAUCGCGCCUACGAUAGGCAUUACCGUGUACGGUGCCUCUGUGUUCGUGGUCAUGCAGUGCAUUUUCGUCUACGUGCCCCUGAGCUACCCCCGGUACGCCGCUAGUCUGUUCGCAGGCAACGACUUCUUCCGCUCCGCCCUCGCGUUCGCGAGCAUACUGUUCGCGCGCCCGCUGUUCGGGAACUUGGGCGUGGCGAGAGGCACUACCUUACUCGGAGGCUUGAGCACCAUCGGGAUCGUGGGUAUUUGGGUGCUGUAUUUCUUCGGUGGAAGGCUCAGGAGCUUGAGUAAAUUUGCGGUUUCGGCGGAUUAGUAAAGGGGGCAUGGUAAUAGAGAGGGAGAUAUAUGUUUUAUGGUCAUGACUUAAUAGAUGACGGUCUUAAGGUGGUAGCGAUAUGCAAGGGAGUUGGGCGUAUAGAGUUCACUGAACUCGUUAGAUGCCUCUUUCAAAGAAAUAUAUUUUCUGUUUCUUAUGGUACAUGAUAAAUAAUGAGAUAUGUGGGAGUUCUCUUCACUUUAUAAGUCCUGAGGUUCAACUUCUAAAAUUACGAGAUACAUUUGAUUGCAAUUUGAACUUAUACCCUUA